GGCCGCGACCUCCAGCAGUACCAGAGCCAAGCCAAGCAGCUGUUCCGCAAGCUGAACGAGCAGUCUCCCACCAGGUGUACCCUGGAAGCAGGAGCCAUGGCUUUCCACUACAUCAUUGAGAAAGGAGUGUGUUACCUGGUCCUGUGUGAAGCUGCAUUUCCCAAGAAACUGGCCUUUGCCUAUCUGGAAGACUUGCAUUCGGAGUUCGAUGAGCAGCAUGGCAAGAAGGUGCCAACAGUCUCCAGACCCUAUUCCUUCAUUGAAUUUGACACCUAUAUCCAGAAAACCAAGAAGCUCUACAUUGAUAGCCGGGCAAGAAGGAACCUGGGCUCCAUCAAUACAGAGCUGCAAGAUGUGCAGAGGAUUAUGGUGGCCAACAUUGAGGAAGUCUUACAGCGAGGAGAGGCACUUUCAGCUCUUGAUUCCAAGGCCAACAACUUGUCCAGUUUGUCCAAGAAAUACCGUCAGGAUGCCAAGUACCUGAACAUGCGUUCCACCUAUGCCAAGCUGGCUGCUGUAGCUGUGUUUUUUAUCAUGCUGAUUGUCUAUGUCAGAUUCUGGUGGCUGUGAGCUGAUCACAGUCACCCAGGAGGGAAAGCCUGGCAGGUGUAUGUGUGCAGGACACUGUUCAUGGGGGAUGUGCAUUAGAAUCCACGCAGGACCAUCACCUUUAGGGAAGUGUCCUGAAAGUUGUUAGGUGACACCUGACUACUACAGCUCUUAGUGAAGCCUAACAAUAGAUGUAAAGGCUUGUUGACUACAGGCUUUUCCUCUGAGGCAGUUUGCACUGGGGUGCUGCAGUGUUUGGCUUCCCAUGGUCCUGCCCCCUCCCGGGGGCACACCCUGGGGACAGUCAAUCCAUGUGGUUUAGCAUAAUCACCUUGUAAGUCCUCCUGUUGAGUAGCUCUAGUGGGAACUGGACUCUAAUGAACAUUCCUUGUGUUGGCAAUGUUUGGGUUUUUUUAGAAUCUGGGUCUGCAGUUAUCUUUUUUUUUUUUUAAGACAAAACUCCCCUGUUUGAAGGCAAAUACUGCACUGUACAUAUAAUAGCUUUCACCUCUGUCAGAA